AUUUCAUUCAACAUGGCGACUUCCUUGUGUCAGCUUCAGAUCGAGAAACACCAACAAGCAAAUUUGUAAAACUCAACAUUACUCAGUUUUGUUGAUAAACUUCUCUCAGCGCAAUGGAUUGGGUCAAAUCAUUGAAGGAGUACAAUGCUGAGAAAGGGAAAAAGAAAAGUGAGAGUGAGGUCAGAGCGGAAGAGAUGGAGACUUUUACCAAGCUCUACACAGAAUUGAAAGGUCCCAACAAACAGAAAGACAAGAGCUACUCAGUCAUCCCUAGGUUCUACUACAAGCUUCCCAGUGAAGAUGAAGUUUUGCUUCAAAAGCUCAGAGAAGAAUCAAGGGCUGUGUUUCUUCAACGGAGGAGCAGGGAAUUGCUUGACAAUGAAGAGUUGCAAAACCUGUGGUUCUUAUUGGACAAGCACCAUACCCCACCGAUGGUUGGUGAGGAUCAGAUGAUCAAUUAUGAGGAUUUCCUCAAGGUGGCUACAGAAGCUGGGCCCAAAUGCAAACCUUUCUUUACAGCCACAGUCUUUGCCAAGCUGCUGCAGACGGAUCCCUACGGUAGGAUAUCCAUCAUGCAGUUCUUCAACUACGUCAUGCGCAAAGUGUGGUUGCAUCAGACGCGCAUCGGACUCAGUCUGUAUGACGUGGCCGGGCAGGGCUAUCUGAAAGAAUCGGAUUUGGAGAACUAUAUCCUGGAAUUGAUUCCCACCCUACCACAGCUAGACGGACUGGAGAAAUCCUUCUACUCCUUCUAUGUCUGCACAGCUGUUAGAAAGUUCUUCUUCUUUCUUGACCCGAUGAGAACAGGCAAGAUAAGGAUCCAGGAUAUCCUAGCCUGCAGUUUCCUGGACGACCUGCUGGAGUUGAGAGACGAAGACCUGCCUAAAGAUGCCCAGGAGUCCAACUGGUUUUCCGCACCCUCCGCACUCCGAGUAUACGGCCAGUAUCUCAACCUAGACAAGGACCACAACGGCAUGUUGAGCAAGCAUGAGUUAUCCCGGUUUGGCACGGGAACGCUGACCAACGUUUUCCUGGACAGGGUGUUCCAGGAAUGCCUCACCUACGACGGGGAAAUGGACUACAAAACCUACCUUGACUUUGUGCUUGCCAUGGAGAAUCGCAGAGAGCCGCAGGCCUUGCAGUACUUUUUCCGUCUGCUGGACGUACAGGGCAGGUCCUACCUCAAUGUCUUCGCACUCAACUACUUCUUCAGAGCUAUCCAGGAGCAGAUGAGACAGCAUGGCCAAGAGCCAAUCUCCUUUGCCGAUGUGAAGGACGAGAUCUUUGAUAUGGUCAAACCGGCCGAUCCCCUCAAGAUCACUCUGCAGGAUCUCAUCAACAGCAAUCACGGUGAGACUGUGGUCAGCAUCCUGAUCGAUCUGAACGGUUUCUGGACCUACGAGAACCGAGAGGUCCUGAUGGCAGAGAACAACAACAGCAACCAGUCGGAUGCCCCUCAGCAGCAGGACCAAGAUAUGUGAGUCGGUAGCCGACAACCGAACAUUAAAGAACCACCAGUCAACUGAUGUGCUGUUACCUAAGUUAACCACCUUCUUAUUCAUGAAAGAUCAAGAUACAAUGGAUGUUAGUCGGAGUUUACUACCACUAGUGAGAGUCACCGGUCAACUGAUGUGCUGUUCUCUAAGUUAACCACCUCCUUAUUCACAAAAGAUCAAGAUACAAUGUACGUUAGUCGGAGUUAACUACCACGGUUGAGAGUCACUGGUCGACUGAUGUGCUGUUGUCCAAGUAAACCACCUUCUUAAUCACGAAAGAUCAAGGUACAAUGUUUGUUAGUCGGAGUUAACUACCACGGUUGAGAGUCAUUGAUCAACUGAUGUGCUGAUGUCCAAGUAAACCACCUUCUUAAUCACGAAAGAUCAAGAUACAAUGUUUGUUAUAAUUAGUCGGAGUUAACUACCGCGGGUGAGAGUCAUUGAUCAACUGAUGUGCUGAUGAUGUCCAAGUUAACACAGACUGCCGUUUGAACUAAGAAGGUGAAAUACAUACGAGUUUGGGAAUGGAACACCACAGACUUGAUGAACAGAGCACUGAUCAACUGAUGUGCUGAUGUCUAAGUUAACAGAGACUGCCUUUUGAACUAAGAAGGUCAAGUACAUAUUAGUUUGGGAAUGGAACAUCACUGACUCAAUCAACAGAGCGCUGGUCGGCUAAUGUGCUGAUGUCCAAGUUAACCGAGACCCCCAACAGACUUAAAAAAACAAGACCUUGUUGACCACCAAGGAAUAGGUAAAGGUGACUGGUCUGAUGUGCUGGUGUUUAAGCCAACAGAGAUUGCCUUCUGAGCCAAGGAUUGCGUUAUAUGCGAGUCAGAGUUGACUGCCACUGAUGGGGUUACUAGUCAACUGAUUGUGCUGCUGUUUUAAGUUAAUAGAAUUUCUUAGGCACUGCAUGGAGACUUUGGCGUCCCAAAGCAGUUUGAGAUGUGCAGUAUUUCCUACCUGUUAUGUUAAAUGACAGUUGAAAGAUGAAGAUUUAAAAUUUUGACCAAUACAGGUUCCAGGUUUAUGUACGUGUGUUGAUCUGUCUUAAUGCAUCUUAUCCAUCAAUAACAUUAAUGAGCUUAUCUAGUUGAACUUGACCCGAAAGUGUCGGACAUUAUUUAUACUUGGUGCCUCAGAUUUGGAGGACGAUAGACCAUUAUCAUGUUGGGGCCAUCUUGAUGUUUUUCCCAUUCAAAUCAACGUAACCAAAGCGAGGCUGGAAGGA